UGCCUCAACCAGGACAACGAAUUCGAUAGAAAAUACUCGUACAGCUACACGCAACAGCAACAAAAACGGUCGAUACUAAAGUACGAGACACAGCAGCCAAUCGUUGCAGCCGUUGCUCCCAACUCGCCACACCUAACACCCACAUCAUCUGCACCCCUUUUGUCCUGCAUCUCCUCCUCUUCCGCUUCCCAAACUUCCUCUUCGGCAUCCUGUACCCAAUGCACUAUCGUCUUCAAGGCAUUGCCGCCUCAACCGUGCACAACAUCGAGGCCAGAGUGCGCAUCGCCACCACCACCAGUGCCACCACUACGUUCCACAUCCUUAUCAAAUUGCUGUACGCCGCUUUCGAAGUGGCAGUCAUAUCUGCGCACGUUCUCGCUGACGCUGUCGGUGUCGCCAGCCACAAGUCAUGUUAACAGCAGCAGUAGUUGCCCACGGCUCGCAACGACUACGGCAAGAACGGCAAAUACAUUCUCGAACGCGGAAACGACGGCGAUACGCAGCAGCAGACAGGCAGGUAAAAACCGAAGUUGCAGUUUUUGUGACGAAGACUUCGGCGACGAGGAAAGUGACGAAGAAGGCGGCGACAACAGUCCUAAUAGCGGCAUAAUGGUUUUGAGUACCGAGUGGUCUCAGGUUGAAGUAAUCGAUUUGGUUAACGAUGGCAAUGGCUUGGGCUUUAUUUUGGUCGGUGGACGCAGCACUGGUGUUGUGAUUAAAGCCCUAACGCCGGGCGGUGUCGCGGAACGUGAUGGUCGUUUGCAGUGUGGCGAUCAUUUGUUGCAAAUUGGCGAUGUGAACUUGCGUGGCUUCAGUUCCGAGCAAGUAGCAACGGUUCUUCGUCAGACUGGAGCUCAGGUUCGAUUGAUUGUUGCCAGGCCAGUGGAGCCGACAGCCAUCGAUUUACAAACGUUGGCAAGUCAAGCGCCAAUUAUUCCAACUAAGCUCCUCUCCGACCCAGAAGAACUGUCACGGCAUCUCUUUCAAAACCCCAGCUUUGCUACUAGUGCUACAAGCGUUGGCGAUGGCGGCGGCUGCUUCCUGCCAACGCCGGACACUGAACUAGCUGAUUUGCCACUGCCACCUAUACCAACAGAUUUGCCGUUGUCUUCAUCCGUAGCGGCGCGCAUGUGCCCCAAAGAUUUGGACAUCGUACCAUUUUCGAUUGUAUCACCAUCACCGCCACCACUGUUGCCCCCACCGCCCGCGCCAGCAACGUCGAUCACGAUGACAGCGUCGACCGUUGGUACAUCAGUCAGUACGGGCUCGCUGCUACAGCAGCUCGAUCUCACCACCACCAACUCCAUCAAAAAAAACUCAAACUCCAUGCAAUUGGAACAUAUUGAGACUGUGAUAGCUGGCGAAGUUGCUGGCACCUCAACGAUCACACCGGACGCAGCGAAUAAUGAUGCCGAUCGCUGCUCAUCGGCCUCAUCGAACUACAUCGAUUCACCCGAGACGGAAACUUAUGUCGUGGAAUUGCACAAAAAUGUCUACGGACUUGGCAUAACUGUGGCCGGAUACGUUUGCGAAGAGGAAGAUCUUUCAGGUAUAUUCGUAAAGAGCAUUAUCGAGGGCAGCGCCGCUGAGGUGAGUAGGCGUAUACAGAUCAACGAUCGCAUUGUUGCUGUGGAUGGACGUUCGCUAGCCGGUGUUACUAACCAUCAAGCGGUCGAAAUUCUGCGAAAUACCGACAUCGAAGUACACCUUACAUUGGAACGAUUCUUGCGCGGACGCAAAUUCGAACAUUUACAAAAUGCACUCACGGAAUUAAAGGGAGAGACGCAGUCACAGAGCUCACUGCCUGCAUCACCUUCGAUAGCAACACUCUCCUGGCUACCGCCACGGUCUGAUGCUGAUUCUGUAGCCACUGAAGGGGGCAUAAUCAUGAUGGAGUUCGCAGAUUUUCCGUCGCGAGAGACGGUCGAUUCUAACAUGUCAUACAUGUUGGACCGCAGCGACCACAGUGACAUCAGCAAUGCAAAGCGACAAAGGACUCCCACAACCCCAGAUGCCAAGCGUAUGGCGAAUGGCAAAGCUACGCAUAUUAAUGGUGGUGACAACGGCGAUAGUGAUGAUCAAGAUGACUCGGUGACGCUUGAGGAUCAGUCUGCCGUGAAAGAACUGCAGACACCGAAAACGCCGCAAUCGAUUAAACAGCAAAACGGCAGUCGAAAGAAGUCUGUCUCAUCGGUUACAGUGACAACAUCCGCCACGUCAACACAGCUAACGACAACUACGACGACGGUGGUGGUGACAACAAAGGCAAUACCUGCGUCAAUAUCUGCGCCCAGAACGGCAAUGACAACACCAGCGCCCAAGCCCGCCACUUCAACUCUAGCCCCGCCCAGUGUGGAGACGCUGAAGCUGACCUGGAAAAGAAUCAGCCUGGAGGGCACCGUGGAUGUCGAGGGCGGCAUCGAAAAGCGUCCACAUCACUAUAUACGCUCCAUACUGGAGGAUGGGCCUGUGGGGCGACAAGGCAUACUGAAACCGGGUGACGAGCUGCUGCAAGUGAACGAAUACAAAUUGCAAGGACUCAAACAUACCGAAGUCGUUAAAAUACUCAAAGAGCUGCCAACGCAUGUUAAAUUGAUAUGUGCGCGUGGUCACACCGCCCCAUCCGUAAUAAAUACUUCACAAAAUCCAGAAGCAUUCGAAACACGUUCACUACUGCCUGGCGGCCAUCAGAGUCUACAAAAUCUGUUAACCAAAGCGCAAUCGGAAAGUUCCCUCUAUACAUCGAGCACUGCCACGCUGACCGAUCAGCAACGUUCCAAAUCGUUGGAAAACGUUUCGGGACUGGCGCUUUGGAGCAGCGAUGUUACUACCAUUGAAAUUGAGAAAACUGAGCAAGGCUUCGGUUUCUCGAUACUUGACUAUCAAGAUCCACUCGAUUCCGAAGGCACUGUCAUCGUAAUACGUGGACUUAUACGCGGUGGCGCAGCAGAGGCAACAAAUGAUAUAUUUCCUGGCGAUCGACUGGUUAGCGUUGGUGAACAUAGCUUGCAUGGCAUCGAUUUGGAUGAAGCAGUGGCGAUACUAAAAGGCAUGCCAGCGGGGAAAACUAAAUUGGGCAUCUGCCGGCCACUCUCAACAUCGGACAGCAAUAUAGCAUCGCCAGCCGAGGAGGGCGAUUCGCAGAGCACAUAGUUUUUAAGGGUCG